ACUUUGUGUAGAAAUAGCGCCAAAAGUAUUGUCGCUUUGAUUACACUCUCUUGAAGUGAGUUUGAUAUCAAUUGUGGUCAUCGAUGGACAACAAGAAGAAAGGUUUUGGUUUUGGUAAUAGAGGUAAUGCCGGAACAAAGUCUUCAUUUACCAAAACAAAGAAUUUUGAUGUAAAUUCAAAGCCAAACGAAUCACAACCGCCGAAGAAGUCUCGACAGAAUAAUGACGACAUCGACGAUGACUUGGAUGACAUUCACGACGAUAUGGAGUUUGAUUCUCAAGAAGAGUACAAUCAAGACGACAUGGAUGUGGUCGACGAUAUGUUUUCAGCGCCGGAAACCACUCAUAGCAACGUUCGGUGGUCUCGACCAGAAAGAGGUGAAGUGAAUGCCGAGACGGAUGACAUUAUAUUCCAACAAAUAGACAUCGAUUCAUACAUUGGACCCGUGAGGUCAGGAAUGCCCGGACCUAAAGAAGGAGUGGCACCUAUUAUGAGAAUGUUUGGCGUCACUGAUAAUGGUAUGUCAGUCGUCUGUCACAUACAUGGUUUUGCUCCGUAUUUUUAUAUCCCGUCACCGAAUAGUAUAAAGAAAGAGAAUUUGUCUCAAUUUAUGGACAAAUUAAAUAAAGCUGUCAUUCAAGAUAUGAGAUCCAAUAACGAUAACAUUGAAAAUGCUGUUUUGGCCGUUGAUAUUAUUCAGAAACAGUCUAUUUAUGGCUAUAAAGGCUAUGAAAAAAUACCAUUUCUUAAGAUAACGAUGUGUUUGCCACGAUUGGUGGCCGCAGCCGCGCGUAUUCUGUCAAAUAGCAGUGCUUUCUCUACUGAAGGCAUUCAGUCAUAUGAAAGUAAUAUUGAUUAUGACAUCCGAUUUAUGGUCGAUACACACGUUGUUGGCUGUAAUUGGAUUGAGUUGCCGGCCGGCACUUAUACUAUACGUAAUGUUGAAGAAAUGGACUCUCGCUGUCAAUUAGAAGUAGACAUUGCCUAUAAUAAGUUUAAGUCAUAUGAACCGGAGGGUAAUUGGUCUAAAAUAGCACCUCUUCGAGUAUUAAGCUUUGACAUUGAAUGCGCCGGAAGAAAAGGUAUCUUCCCUGAGCCAGAUAUGGAUCCAGUCAUUCAAAUAGCCAAUUAUGUUAUAAGACAAGGAGAGAGAGAACCGUUUAUUAAAGUGAUAUUCUGUCUGAAGGAUUGUGCGCCUAUUGUUGGCAAUGAAGUUAAGUGUUUUGAAGACGAAAAGAAAUUGCUUAAUGCUUGGGCUGACUUUGUCCGCGAAUGUGAUCCCGAUAUGAUUACUGGUUAUAAUAUUCAGAAUUUCGAUUUAGGAUAUCUUAUUGAAAGAGCCAAACAUAUCAAAUGUAAUACAUUUCCAUUUUUGGGUCGAAUUAAGAGAAGCCAGACAAAGGUCAGGACUAGAGUUCUUCAAUCAAAACAAUUGGGAAAACGCGAGAAUAAAGACAUUAAUAUUGAAGGAAGAGUUCAGUUCGACUUACUGUUGGUUUUGUUAAGAGAUUACAAAUUAAGAUCUUAUACAUUGAAUGCAGUCAGCUAUCACUUUCUUCAAGAACAGAAAGAAGAUGUCCAUCACUCGAUAAUUACUGAAUUACAGAACGGAACCGAUCAAACCCGCAAACGUCUGGCCGUCUAUUGUCUCAAAGAUGCUUUGCUGCCAUUGAAACUGAUUGAUAAAUUGAUGUGUAUUAUUAAUUACAUGGAAAUGGCGAGAGUGACUGGAGUUCCUCUGUCAUACUUAUUGACCAGAGGUCAACAGGUGAAAGUUGUAUCUCAAUUAUUACGUAAAGCCCUGGAACAGGAUCUGUUAAUGCCAUCUCUUAAGCCGGCACAAGGAGAUGACUUUAGCGGCGCUCUUGUCAUUGAACCGGUCAGAGGUUAUUAUGAUGUUCCCAUUGCGACUCUUGAUUUUGCGUCACUAUAUCCCUCUAUAAUGAUGGCACAUAAUUUGUGUUAUACAACUCUUCUUCAACCAAAAAAGAUUAACGAAAUGAAAGAGGAUCAGUACAUCCGGACGCCCGCCGGUAGCUAUUUUGUCAAAACAGAUGUCCGCAAAGGAUUGUUACCCGAAAUUUUAGAAGACUUGUUGGCCGCAAGAAAGAAAGCCAAAGAAGAUCUUAAGAAAGAAAAAGAUCCACUGAAAAGAAAAGUAUUAGACGGCAGACAAUUGGCUCUUAAAAUUAGUGCCAACUCUGUGUAUGGCUUUACCGGAGCACAAGUGGGUAAACUUCCGUGUCUUGAUAUAUCCCAAAGUGUGACGGCAUUCGGCCGACUGAUGAUAGAUUUGACCAAAAAAAGUGUCGAAGAAAUGUAUACAGUAGACAAUGGUUACCCUAAAGACGCUCAAGUUAUUUAUGGUGACACCGAUUCAGUUAUGGUUAACUUUGGUGUUAAAACGGUAUCGGAAGCCAUGAAAUUUGGUCAACAGGCGGCCAUUGAGAUCACCAAAAAGUUUAUCAGUCCUAUUAAACUUGAGUUUGAAAAAGUAUAUUUUCCUUAUCUUUUAAUUAAUAAGAAGCGAUAUGCGGGUCUUUAUUGGACUAAACCUGAGAAAUACGAUAAAAUGGAUUGUAAAGGCAUCGAAACAGUGCGUAGAGACAACUGUCCACUUGUGGCUAAUAUGAUUAGUACGUGUUUACAGAAACUUUUGAUUGAUCGCGACCAGGAGGGAGCCGUAGAUUACGCCAAACAAACAAUAUCUGAUUUACUUUGUAAUCGCGUAGAUAUUUCUAAUUUAAUUAUUACUAAAGAGUUAACCAAAAAUGAUAGCGAAUAUGCGGCUAAACAGGCACACGUAGAGUUGGCUCACCGAAUGGCCAAACGAGAUGCCGGUUCCGCUCCAAAACUUGGCGAUAGAGUGCCGUUUGUUAUAAUAGCUGCGGCUAAAGGAACUCCUGCUUAUCAAAAAUCAGAAGAUCCGUUGUAUGUAUUGGACAAUAAUAUUCCGAUUGACACUCAAUACUAUUUAGAGAAUCAGUUGUCCAAACCUUUGAUCAGAAUAUUUGAGCCAAUGUUUAAAGAAAGGACUGAAUCUGUUAUUUUAAGAGGUGAUCACACCCGAACCAAAACGGUGGUCACAUCUAAAGUGGGCGCACUCUCCAAGUUCACCAGCAAACGACAGACUUGUAUUAAAUGUAAAACACCGCUCAAUGACGACAAAUUAGCCACUUGUGACUACUGUGUUGAAGAUGAGCCCGAACUCUAUCAAAGUGAAGUACAGCGACUCAAUGAAUUAGAGGUUAAAUUCAAUAAAUUGUGGACACAAUGUCAAAGAUGUCAGGGAAGUCUUAUUGAAGAAGUCAUAUGCACGAGCUGUGAUUGUCCCAUAUUUUAUAUGAGAAAGAAAAUUAAAAUUGAAUUAUCGGAUCAACAAAAGAUUAUUCAAAGAUUUGGUGCAUCCGAUUGGUAAUCGAUUGAUAACACUUCUAUCAACAACUGAC